GUCGGGGUCAUCUUUUUUAUAAAUAUACCUCUUGUCACUCACAAAACCAGAUCAUUCUGCUAAUUAAUAUAAUGGGCGCAGUGAAAUUUAGUUGUGUACUCAUCUUUUGCGCCGUAGUUGGGACGAUCACUACUUGUCUAGCCGCCGCAGCCCCGCCGCCGCUGCUAGAAGCCCAGAAGCUACACGAGGAAUGGAUGAAUGAGCACGGGCGGGUGUAUGAAACCCAGGAGGAGAAGGAGCUCCGGUUCGGAGUAUUCAAAGAGAACCUGGAGUUCAUUCAAGCCUUCAACAAGGUCAAGAACCGGACUUUCAAGCUCGGCGUCAAUCGCUUUGCUGAUUUAACUAAUGACGAAUUCCGAGCCCUUAGAACCAAUGGAUACAAAAGUAGUCUUCUUAGUCACAGUCUUAUGAAUGCUGAUGGUGAUCUCCACAAAACCUUUAGAUACAGAAAUGUCACUUUGAUUCCGCGGGGUCUCAGCUGGAAGAGGAAAGGAGCUGUUACAAGCGUCAAGGAUCAAGGCAAAUGCGGGGGCUGUUGGGCAUUUUCCGCGGUGGCGGCUGUAGAGGGCAUACAGAAAAUCUCAACGGGUAAGCUAAGAUCACUCUCUGAACAAGAACUAAUUAGUUGCAGCAAAGGCGAGGCCACUCAGGGCUGCGGCGGAGGAUUGAUGGACGGAGCUUUCGAGUACAUCAUCAAGAACAAGGGUCUCACCGACACUCACAACUACCCAUAUAUAGCAAAAAACGGGACCUGUAAUAAGCUCAAAAAAUCCCGCAUUGCGGCCAAGAUCGCGGGCUACGAACGCGUCCCGGCUAACAACGAGUUGGCAUUGCUAAAGGCCGUGGCUAACCAACCGGUGUCCGUUGGGGUUGAGGCAGGCGGCCGGGCGUUCCAAUUCUACCAAAGAGGCGUCCUCUCUGGUCACUGCGGGACCGAGCUUGAUCACGGUGUGGCGAUCGUUGGGUACGGGAAAACGAAGCAAGGCACGAAGUAUUGGCUGGUGAAGAAUUCAUGGGGAAGUAAAUGGGGUGAAAAAGGUUUUCUUAGAAUGAAAAGAGGCAUUAAGGCUCGGGAGGGACUUUGUGGACUCGCCAUGAUGCCUUCCUAUCCAACCAUGGUUUAAUAACGUACUUUUUUUUUGUUGAACUUUGUGAUUUUUUAUCUUAUGUGAUAUGUGUUAAGUUGGAGGUAUUGGUCCUAUCAAAGCCUUCAUUCCACUUUAUUUAUUAAGCUUGUGUCAUAUGUUUAUUCCUACUUUUCUUGCACCCGUGAUUAUUUUUC